AGGCAGCCACAGCGGUGCUCCGGCUGGAGGGGCGGCCGAGGACCCAGAAGAGCCCAAGGCAACGGCAGUGACCACAGCAGAGCCGAAGAAGAAGAAACUUGCUUGGUACCUUCAUCCCGGGUGGGCCCUAUUGGUGGUGCUGAUCAUUUUCUCCGCAGAGGUGGCGUUGGUGACGGUGUUCUUCGAGCCGCCGCACAUCUCCAUGUGCGACACGUGCGAUGCACGGGCGCAGCAGUACUAUGCAGGUGUGGCGCUGGGCAUUGGCUUCGUCUUCGCCGUGUCGCUGUAUGGGGUGAGGAGGUCCCAGUACCAGGCCUUGGGCAAGAAGGGCCCGCUGCUGGAGACAGCGCCGUUGAACCUGGUGCUGGCUUACCUUUGCUGGGUCGCAGUGGCUGGCUUCACCUCCUGGGUGGUGGAUAGCUGGGCCGUCCUCGUUCAUGUGAGCUUUCUCCCGCUCAUCGCCGGCCUGUUCUUCUCUGCGCAUCACCGCUGGGUGUUGGACGACUUUCACCUCCUGGCCAAGAGGCCGUCGCCCAGCGGUGGCGUCCUUGCUCGCGUGGUACCUGUGGCCGACGCAGAGGCAGACCCCGCGGCCGACCCUGCGGCCGGAGACUCUGCGGCUGCCGGUAGUUCAGCAGCGGGGGCAGAUGCACCAGCGGCAGGGACAUCAGGCGAGGGGGGAUCGAGCAUUGAAGCCGCAGCGCCGGCACCGUGCUGCCUGGUGGGUCUGCUUCAGCGGAUCCCCUGGCCUGUGCGGAUAUGGGUCCUCUGCAUCGUGCUGGACAUCGCGUAUGGGGUGGUGCUGCACCUGGUCUCGGAGCUGCGCUUCCGCUGGGUGGGCUGGAGCAUCGCCACUGGGGUGCUGGUGCUGGCGCUGACCUUCAUGAGCAACAGGCUCUGGUUUGGCACUCUGCAGCUAGACAAGGCUCAGCCCAUACUCUGGGCCAUCAUCAUCUUGAUCUUGGUGGCGUGGGGUGGCCUGGUGUGGUACUUCCACCACGAGAUGCAGGUGGACUUCUUUGCCAUGGGCAUUCUUUGCGUGGUCUUCCUCUACCCCGCGGUCUACACAGGGGUGCUGGCGGUGCAGGUGCUCCGGGAUGCUCAGUGGAACCCGAAGGACAAAGCGACCUGGCUCUUCGUGCGCAACGCCAUUCUGUUCAGUGCAGCUGUGUACACGAGCUUCCUGGUGGUCAUUGCCUUCAGAUAUUGGCCGGUGGCUCUUUGCGGCUUCUGCCUCUUGCUGAUGGUCGUCAUUCUCGGCAUCGCCUUUUUGCAUUGGCUCCGCAACAACCGCUUCGUGUCACGCAAGGCAAAGAUUAUCAGCGGCAUUUGCCUCUCUGUGUGCAUCUUGGGGGCAGCGGUGGGCAUAACCUACUACUUCCAGAGCAUCUUUGGGGGCUUCACCGCCGUGUGCGCGGGGGCAGUGGUGCUGCUCCUUGGUGCGGCGCUGUUGGAGGUCUCCGAUGCGCAGCAGCGCACAUCCCUGGAGAAGCUCCGCAUCGGGUCUUCCAGCUUGGUCUUCCCCAUGUAUCGCUUCAAGGGGGGCGAGCUGGCGCGCGCGCAGUGGGAUAUCGUAGCUCUGCUGGAGGCCUUUUUCGUCCUCGCCCUUUGGGGGCUGGUGGCUGCCGCCGUGCUCGAUGACUGGCCUUCCUUGGGCAUGGUGGUGGCAGUCCUGUCUGUCAUGUGUGCGCUCAUCUUGAUGGCGCACCUGAUUUCUCUCGGGGGCUGGCAGCGAGCCACGGUGCUGCGGGAUCUGCCUGAGGCCCAGCUGCUGGCAGCUGCCAAGGAGGCGCUGUCAGGAGGCGACUCCGCAGCCACAGUGGAGGGUGCUGACGAAGAUGACGGGACGACCACUGUCGAGGUCACCAAGAAGACACUGGAGAAAGCCAUCCAGGAGUUCAGGACCAAGUGCAAGAAUAGUAUGGACGAGUACCACAGCCAGGUGCAGGUGGCCUGUGCUGGGCGCUUCCAUACCUUGCCUCCCGUGGCCUUGUGGCAGACCCUGAACGCGGGGGUGGCGCUGAUACGCAAAGGACAAGGCUGCGUCACGAUCCACACCCCUGACAAGCCCCACGAGGAGCAUCGAAAGCUCCUGGCGGCCCGAAGGGCAUGGUGGGAAGCGGUGCGCAGCCAGCAGCGCUUCGGGGCGCGGCUUCAGCUGUGCCUAGUCUCAGCGCAAGCGCAGCAGAUGUGGGCGAAGGAGUCGGAGUUCCGCUCCUUUUUGCAGAGCCAAGGCGCUGAAGCCAAGGGCUUGACCAUGGAUGACUUCAAGCAGUUGCCUGCGGAUGAGAAGGCGGACCUGGAAGCAGCAUGGGAGGUUUGGAAGGGUGCAGAGGCAGCGAAGUUGAAGCUCGAAGAGCAAAGGCGCCAAGAGGAGGAGGAGGCGGCCCGGCGGCGCGCGGAGGAGCAGCGCCGGCGCAAGCUGGAGGCACGAGAGGCUGUGGACAAGCUCAAGGACGCGGGCAACCCCAAAGAGAUCCAGAAAGCCAUCAACGCUGGCUUGGCAGCUGGCCUCGCAGAGUCCGACGAUGUCAUGGCCCAUGCCAUCCAGCACGUCAAGGAAUUGGAGGAGGUCGAGAAGCUGCUGAAAGAGUUGCUGGAGGCACAGACGGUAGAGGAAAAGGCGCAGAUCGAGAAGCUGCGAGAGGCGCUGAACAAGGCCACGAUCAUUCAUCUUGAGAGCGACCUCAUCGAGCAGGCCAAUCAAAAGAUCACGGACUACCAGAGAGCCAUUGCUGAGGCAGAGGAGGCGGAACGCAGGCGAAAGGAGGCAGAGCGCCUGAAGAAAUUGGAGGAGGAAGCAAAGAAGCGCCACAGGGAAAAAGAGCAGGAGCUGGCAGAGGCGAAGCAACUGCUGGAGCAGGCUCUGGCACAAGAGGACGAAGGUCAGGCUCAGAUCGACAAGCUGCAGGAUGCCAUUGAGCGAGCCACCGUGGCAGGGCUUGAAGGCGACCUCAUCCAGACUGCAAGGCAAAGGAUCAGCGACAUUAGGAGCAUCAUGAAAGACGAAGAAGAGGAGGAGCGCAAGAAGAAGGAAGCCGAGCGGCUGAGGCAGCUAGAAGAGGAGGCCGAGCGCAAGCGCAAAGCGGCGGAAGAGGAGAGGAAGCGGAAGGAGGCGGAGGAGCUUGAGAAGAGGGCUGGCGAGCCAAAGGUGGUUGAGGCCAACAUCGACCUCAUGAAAUCUGUGGCGGAGCGGAACGGGGAGUUCACGGACAAUGUGUGGACCCCUGAGGCCAUGGGCGAGAAGCCUAACUGCAGCGAGUACAAGAUUCAGCGGAUACGAGAGCUUGUCGGGAAAGAUGAGGUGGUUCUCUUCAACGAUGGCUGCCACCCGAACGACAUCCAUCAAGGAGAGCUGGGGGAUUGUUGGUUCCUCUCGGCCAUCGCCUGCCUCUCUGCGCGGGAAGACAAGGUGAAAGCUUUGUUUACCUACUCCGAUCCUGCCAAAGGGCUUUACAUCGUGCGCUUCUACAAGAAUGGUGUCUUUCAGGACGUGACUAUCGAUGACUUCUUCCCCACCAAGUAUCACCAGUGCGCCUUUGCCUCCAGCGGCAAGAGGGGCGAGGUUUGGGUGCAAGUCUUGGAGAAGGCCUACGCCAAGCUCCAUGGCUCCUUCGAUGCCAUUGAGGGCGGUUUUGUCAACGAUGCGCUCGUGGACAUGACAGGAGGCAUCGGUGGGAAGAUCCACCUUCAGGACAAGGAGGCCAAGAAGGACAUCAACGACGGCACCAUGUGGGCGAAGUUGAAGGGCCUCAGCCGAGACGGCCACCUUUUAGGCUGCGGAUCCGGCUCCGGCAAGGACACCGACAUCAGUGACAUGGGCAUCGUGAAGGGUCAUGCCUACUCCUUGCUGCGAGUGGAGGAGGUGGACGGGCACCGCCUGGUUCAGCUGCGCAAUCCUUGGGGCAACACAGAGUGGAAGGGGAAGUGGAGCGACAGCGAUGAGGAGAGCUGGACGCAAAAGAUGAGGAAAAAGCUGGGCUACGUGAACAAAGACGAUGGCACUUUCUGGAUGGCUUUUGAAGACUUUGUGCUUCACUACCGCGUCGUGUACAUUUGCCGCAUCAUGGACAAGUCGGACGGCUGGCAGCGCAUCUUUGUCACCUCUGAGUGGCGAGGCGAAACAGCAGGUGGGUGCAGCAAUUACUCAGGCACUUACGAGAAAAACCCGAGGAUCAACCUGAAGGUGGUUGGGCGGGUGAAGCUCCUGCUGACGCUGGAGCAGGCGGACUCCCGUGGGUCCUUGGAGGGGGACGAGGAGGUGCCCAUCGCCUUCAAGGUGUUCAAAGACAAGAAUAUCCACGGUAGCGGCGUUACCAGCUCGGGCACCUACUGCUAUGACCGAGAGGUGUUUGUCGAUGUUGAGCUCACGGAGAACAGCAGCGGUCCGUACAUCAUUCUGCCCACCACCUUCAAGCCUGGAAUGGAGAGAGGCUUCAUCAUGAAGGCAAUCUGGAAGGGAGACGCGGGUGCGGUGCAGAUGUGGAAGGAGUAGGAUUGCCAGCGGGCAGCCAAGCGCGAGGCUCACUUGCCAAGUGAGGUUGGCACAGGUUUCACGGUUGGCACAGGUUUCACUCAACCUCAGCGCCUUAAGGGCACACCCCUGCAGGAGCUUGCAGGCCUUUUUAUGGAAUCAGCUGCACGACUGCGCACAGCUCAGGCACAAGCGUGCGAAAGCUAAUGAGCUAAACCAGUGAGGCCGCGUGCCUCGAGGCCCUGCGUUUGCAUUCGGGCGCUCAGCGAGGGACCAGGCAAAUAUCAGCCCAAAGGGCGCUCAUGCGCCAAGCGCUGGGCCAAGGUGGCUCAAGACGGGCCCCGUUUGGACUUUGCUUUGGCUGUGCCAAUUUCAGGUCGG